GUGUCCUGAUAUAGAAUGGACCAUGUGACUCCGUGUGACCGCGUCCAGCUCCAUGUGGGUGGAGGUAAAUACCUGGAGCAGCAGCCAUCUGCAGCUCUGGAUAAUCCCUGUUAGUAGAUUAGAGCCGGGCAGGAGGAGCAGCAGGAGGAGAACCAACAACACGUCUGGAGACAGGAGGCGAAGGGACGUCCACUCGUCCAGACCCGGGACAAAGUCUGGAGUCUGGGGUUGGACGGAGCUGUGGAACGUUGUGUGGUUCUCUCGGCUUCAGGGUCGGAGCUUUAACCCCUCUUCUCUCACUUUUAUUUUGAAGGGUUGGUUGGUUACGUGGAGCGUCUCGGUGGAGAGGCGGCCUUGACUCUGGACCGGUUCCGAGUCAAGUAUUCUAUCAGAACUUCUCUUUUCUGGCUUUUAUUUUGAAAGAAGAAGACCCAAAGGGCUUCAGGAGAUUUUUAAAAUAGUUCUUUCCUCAACUGGUGCUUUAAUUGUGACGGGAUCAAAAAGAAGAAACGAUUCAAAGAGACUCUGUGGCUGAAAACGUCUAAAAAUAACUUUAUUUAAACAUUUUUCUCCCUCUUGGUUUUUGGUCUUUUAUUUUGAAGGGUUUUCUGCCAUGACCUCGUACGUGGAGCGUCCCGGUGGAGAGGCGGCGCUGACUCUGGACCGGUUCUGAGUCCAGGAAUCUAUCCGAACUCGUCUUUUCUAGCUUUUAUUUUGAAGGGUUCUGUACCAUGAUCUCGUACGUGGAGUGUCUGGGCGGCGAGGGGGCGGGGCCUGGCGUGGGCUCCCGCUGCUGGAACGCCGGACCCGAUGAAGAGCGCGACGAGCUUCUUCCUCGCAAGAUGGCCGCCCUGCAUCCCAAAACGGAGGGCAGCCUGCGGCGGCGCCUCCUCACCGCCAAGAUCCACCAGCACCACGAGGCCAUCUGGGGGCCCAAAGGGGGGCCCAAGGGGGGGCCCUUAGGAGACAACAAGCCCCUCCCACCUCACCUUCAGUAUCCUAGCAACAACCCCUGGUGCCGCCCCCAUGUCCACCCGUCCCUCCCCCGUCCCCCGCCCCCACUCCUCCAGCUGCGGCGCCGGACUAGUUCCUGCCCCCCGACCCCAGAGCCCCGCCCCGGUUACACCCUUCCCGUCCCGUCCCCUCUCCUGGAACCGCCCCCCUUCAGGGACCCCGGGGUGCCGCCCCAGUACCGGUACCGGCCCAGCAGGGGCCCCGGGACCGGUUUCCUCUGCUUCAGACGCCGCAGAGGGACGAGAUCCGUCCACCAGCCUAAACAGACCACGCCCCUUCUACAGCGAGUGAGCGGGAGGAGGAGAGUGGAGCUGCUGCUUUCUUUCUUUCUUUCUUUCUGCUGCAGCCUCCUCUUCGUCCUCCUCCUCGUCCUCCUCCUCGUCGUCAUGGUCCAGAUCGGAGCCGCCAUCAAGUCCGUGCUCAGAUACCUGAGGAAGACCAGAGCAGGGGACAGGGACAGCAAGUGGUCCGUUCACUACACUACCCAGAAGCCCCAGCAUGGUCUGUACUUCAUCCCCGGGAAGAGACGUUGUGGCAGCGCUGAAGACCUGCAAGCAUGUGACCGGAUGAGUCGCCAUGGUUACAGUGGGACAAGCCCCACCUGCUCCCCAUCCCCCGGCCUCGGCCAAUCGGAGGGCAGCGCUCGGCGAGGGUGGCGUGACAGGAGCCGGAAGAUGAGGACCAGAGUCGUGAACUUUCUCUCCCAGUCUUGCUUUUCAGUUUGUUUCAAGUUUUCAGUUUGGAGGAGAAAGUCGUCUGAGUCCUCGGACGAAGACGAGAAGUUCAUCCUGAGCAACGUGCGGCCUAUGACCCCCCUGGUCCUGAACCCGGUCCACGUCGCCUCCUGCUGGGACGCCCUGGAACCGGCCUACGAGCCGACCCACCGGCUCCCGACCCCAGAGGAGAGGAUGAGGCUCCAGGCCGAGGCGGUGGCGGCCGACAUCGUCCCCAUCAACGUGACAGGGGAGAGUUUUGAUCGGCAGGCCAGUUUUCGGAGGACCCUCUCCAGCAGCGACUCAUUAACCCGACGACCCCGAAACCUGAGCCGCCGCAAGACCGUGACUGGAGCCCUGGACGACGCCGCCCUCAGGCCUCCGGUCUCCGAGGUUCUCCCUGGACAGUUUUCCACCGUGGGUCGACCGGCCUCCCCCUCCUCCUCCUCCUCCUCCUCCUCCUCCUGCACCUCCCCACGGCAAGACAAGAACAUGGAAGAAUCCAGGAAGGAGGGGCGGUCUUUAACCAGGAGGAUCCGAGCCCCGAGAGGAGAGGGGAUGUCCAGCCUCAUGGCCUCCCUCACCUCCUCUCCUCUCCACCAUGACCAGUCCACCUCCUCAGACGUCAGCAGCCUCCCUCGCCUGGAGACCAGCUCCUCCCUGGAGGAGACGCUGAGCGCUGCUUCAUCCUGGACCCAGGAUCUCCAGGCCGUCCCCCCGUCCCCGUCCCCGUCCCCCGGCCACGGCCGGCAGUCAGACUGGUCCAACCCCAGGGACAGACCCCUGCAUGGAGCCUCCUCCUGCUCCUCCUCCAUCGCUGACUCGGACUCCCAGACCUCCUCCUUGGAGGGGGUCCAGAGGUGGACCUACCAGCCCCUCUCUCCCAAACCCAGCCUGGUAUCAGAGGAGGAGGAGGUGUGGAGCUGCCUGGACCCCCUGCUCCCCUCGGGACGCUCCUCCCCGUCCUCCUCCCUGCGUUCGGAGACGUCGUCCCCGCUGCUGGACCGGGACACGAGGAGGACCAGCAUGGUGUCCUCCUCCUCCUCCUCCUCUUUCUCCUUCUCCCUGCGGAAGUCCCGGAGGCCUCCUCCUCCUCCGCUCCGCUCCGACUCGCUGAGGCGCCGGCCGGUCCGAUCCAGACCCCCCUCUGGGACCAGGUCUCCUCAGGUCCUCCAGGACCCCUGGGUGCCCCGGACCAGACAAAGACGCCAGAGCUUCAACUGUGGGACCGUGACCUCCUUCGAGCCGCUGAACCCAGACACCUCCCCCCCUCACCACCUCCUCCUCCACCCGGAGUCUCCAGGCUCAGAGGAGGAGGGACUCCAGCCGCCUGCCUCCUCCUCCUCCUCCUCCUCCUUGGCCGGCCUCCACCGCCUCGCGUCUCCUUCCAGUGGUUACUCCAGCCAGUCUAACACCCCGACUCCUGGUACCCCGGUGUCUUCUCCCCUCACCCCCUCCUCCCCCAUCUCACCCUUCUCCUCCCUCCCCCCCACCCCACCGACCCCGGCCGUCUCCUCCCUGCCCAGGACCAGGUGUCGGGGGGAAAGGAGGCCGAAGCCCCCGGUACCAGAGAGGAAGUCCUCCCUCUUGUCCUCCUCCUUUUCCUCCACCUCCUCCCUCUCCUCCUGCACCUCCUCGGACUCCUCGGCCAAGCAUCCUCUCCUCCCUCCUCCACCUCCUCCUCCUCCUUUACCAGAAUCUGUACCUCCUAUCUCCAUUCACGAGUCUCCUCCUCUUCCUCUCCUCCAGCCUCCUUCUGCCUCUUUCACCAAACUUCCUCCUCCUCCUCCUCCUCCUCCUCCUCCUCUCCUGUCUUCAGCCUUACCCACACCUCCUCCUCUCCCUCUUUCCUCCCGCCCUCCUCCUCCUCCCUAUCACUACGCUGUGAGGCAGACCUCCCAUCAUCCUCCUCCUCCACCUCCUCCUCCUCCACCUCCUGCCUUACCCCUCCCCCCUGAAAGCCCCACCCCCUCUCCCAACCUUAUCGUUAAGGUGGCCACACCCCCUCGCCUCCUGGUCACGGCUCAAGCGUUACAGGACGUCAAGCUUCGCUCCGUCAGGAACCAGGAAGUCGACGCUACAGCGCCCGAUGCUAAUGCUAGCCAUGCAAAUGCUAAUCUGCCAAUCAGAGAAGAAGGAAUUCAUGAAGACGCGUCCGACGGCGCGGCUACCUGCGACGUCGCUAACAAUGAAGCUAACGUAAAUAGUGAGCUUCUGGCUAAUGCUAACGCUGAAGAACCCAGACUCAGAUCUAAUCAGGACUCCUGUAGCCAAGCACCCGCUAAUAAUCUGAGCCCGGUUCACCAGCUCUGCCAGUCCGAUCAGGAGAAGGGGGGCGGGAAGACCGACUCUGGUCCUGAGAGUCCUUGGGUAAAAAUGUCAGACGAAACCCACCUCAGCAGAAUCACCCAGCAUCCCUCAGUGCUAACAGACGUGAAGCUAACCGACGCUAACACUGAUGAGAAACGCUCAACGAAGCUACGCUCGCCAGAGAAGCCGGUUCUACCAAGGAAGCCCGAUCUUUGCAUCCUGGGUCUCUACACGUCCCCCAAGACCCAUGUCCCGUCCUCACCCAACACAACCUCCCAGGUCUUACACCAGAGACCGGACCUCUCACCCAGAACAACCAGACCGGAACCUCAGACAGCACGAACGUCCCAUCCGGACCAGGACACCACUGACACCGGACUCAGAGACCACAGAACUCCGGUACCCAGAACACCCAACCGAGACCCUGGGAACACCAGAGGAACCGAACUCUACAGGACACCACCCGUGGAACCACAGGGACACAAGAACUCCGGUACCAGGGACACCACACUAGACGAGACCCUGGGAACCACCAGAGGAACCACGAGAAACUCCGGUACCAGGGACACCACACUAGACGAGACCCUGGGAACCAGGGAAACCACACAACUCGUACGGACACCACACAAGACCUGGAACCACAGAGGAACCACACAACUCGUACAGGACACCACCCCAACCGAGACCCUGGGAACCACCAGAGGAACCACGACAAACUCCAGUACCAGGGACACCACACCAACCGAGACCCUGGGAACCACCAGAGGAACCCCUGGAGGUUAUGGAACCAGGACUUCAACAGAAGGUCCUGGACCUGGGUUGGAAGAAAAACUGUACGAGUUGAGACUUUAUGAGGACAAUGAGAAAAGGAGGAUGAUGAGAUCAUCGCUGGCUGAAGAUGAAGAGGAAGACGAGGGAGCGAUGAAGACGACUCAGACGAUGAUGAUGACGUCAUCCAGCACAAAGAACAAAGAGAAAGGAAGGAGGAAGAGGAAGAGGAGGGUGGCUAAGCAACUGCUGAUGAUGUCAUCAACAAUGGAGCCCUCCCCGUCAUCCUCCUCCUCCUCCUCCUCCUCCUCCUCUUCCUCCUCCUCCUCCUCAUCCUCCUCCUCCUCAUCUGGAGACGAACAGGACCUCCCAAAGGUCGUUACGAUUCAGCCCCGUGAGAACUUCACCGAUCAAGACACGAGUGACUCUGAAGGUUCCUGCGCUCUGAUUGGUCGGCGCAGGUAUUCGCUGGGCAGCGCCUUCUCCACCGACAGCCUGCAGGGGGAGCUGUCGCUGCCGGACCUCCUCAUCCAGGAGCCAGAUGAGACAGAGGAGGUGGGGGCGGGGAAGGAGGCCAACGGUCCACCUGACGGUGACGUCUUCGUCGGUGUCUCUGCUGAUCAGAUGUUCGUCCCGGGUCGACCUCGAACCACCGACGACCUGUUCGCUGUCAUCCACAGGUCAAAGAGGAAGAUGUUUGGAAGGAGAUGUUCAGAAGACGAAAGGCGCCACGUCUCCUCCUCCUCCUCCUCCUCCUCCUCCUGCUCCUCCUCCUCCUCCUCCUGCUCCUCCUCCUCCUCCUCCUUCUCCCCUCCUCCUCGUUGGACCUCCCCUGUAGCCCCAAGGAGUCACGGUUCCACCAGGAGCGACAGCUUCAAGGCUCUGCUGCUGAGGAAGGGCAGUCGAUGCAGCUCCUCCUCUCGUAUGUCGGCCGUGGAGCGGCUUCGGAAACUUGACGUCCAGGUUGCGCCUCCUCUUCCACCUCCUCCUCCACCUCCUCCAGACCAAGGAGAGCUCCCGUCAUCUUCAACUGCAGAAACAUCUCCGUGCAAUUUCUCCUCCAUGUUUGCAUUGAGGCAACGUGAUCUGACUCCUGAUCACCUCCUCCUUCUCGCCGCCUCCUCCUCCUCUUCUUCCCAUUUCUUUUUCUUGUCCUCCUCCUAUGCCUCCUCCUCCUACUCCUCCUCCUCCUCUAUGCGACCCCGCUCCCUCACCCCUCCCUGCUCAGCCAGCCGACGUUUUGCCGCUCGCUGCCGCCUCUUCGCCGCCCCCAUGACCGCCAUCUUUGAAAAGGAGGAGGAGGAGGAGCAGGAGGAGCAGGAGGAGCAGGAGGUGUUUGUGGAGACUCCAGAAUCGAAGCUGAGACUGGUUGAGAUUUGUUGAUGUGAAAGAGAGAGAGUCGGUUCCAAGAAGACUGAGAUUAAUAUAAAUUAUUAUUAUUAUUAUUAUUGUUGUUGUUGUUGUUGUUGUUGUUGUUGUCAUUAGCCUGUAGCGUGGACAGAGGACAGAGGACAGAGGAUGGAGGACGGAGGAUGGAGAUGUUUCUUUUUCUAUAUUUAAUAACUGAUGUUUCCAUGACGACGUGUAAACAUGACAAAUGAAAUAAAAACAGCUGAUUAGAGGAA